AUGAACAAGUUAAAUCACGAGGGCCUGUUAGUGUUAGAACAACCUUUUAUAAAGGUUCCCCUUGAACAAUUGAAAAAAUCUGCGCGUACUUCCCAGAGACAACUCGACAAAGAAUUUUCAAAUCUCUCGCGCGGUAUUAAUGAUCUCGCUGUUAAAUCUAAACAGGAAGAGAUCAGGACGAAGGAUGUAACAGACGCCUUAGAAGAGAUGGUGGGUCGUUUACAGAAAUUGAAGCGCAAGCUUAAUGAUAUCAAAGAAGAAGAAAGUAUGUAUGUAUCACGAAGUCGAAUACGACUCGAACAUUUAAACGAAUUAACAAAAAUUCCCACGGCGAACGUUGAAGCCUAUGCACAAUGGAGUCGAACUCGAUUAGAUCGGAUUUUAGUAGAUUAUAUGCUACGAGAAGGGUUGAGUAGAACCGCGGAAAAAUUAGCAAAAGAAGACAUCAAUCCCAAGCAAUAUGUGGACGUAGAACUAUUCAGUCAAUCUAAAAGGGUUGAACAGGCUUUACAGAAACAUAGUUGCAGUACAUUGGAAUUCAACCUUCGUCUUCAAGAAUAUAUUGAACUUGUGCGAUCUCGACGUACAUCUGAGGCGAUUGUAUAUUCUCGUAAAUAUUUGACGCCAUGGUCGGAAACGCACAUGAAAGAAAUUCAGCAAGCAUUGGGUUUACUAGCAUUCCCAUCGAAUACAAAUUGUCAACCUUAUAAAAAAUUAUAUGACACAUCGCGUUGGGAGCAACUUAUUCGACAAUUUCGUUCGGAUAAUUUCGCGUUGAAUUCAUUGACUUCGCAGCCUCUUCUCUCAGUGACACUUCAAGCUGGCUUGUCAGCGCUGAAAACGCCAAUGUGUUAUCAACCUGAGAACCGAAACAUCAAUUGCCCGGUUUGUUCGGCGGAUACGCUUGGAAAUUUGGCAGAAAAUUUACCGUUAAGUCAUCACGUUAAUUCUACCAUUGUGUGCCGAUUAAGUGGUGAAAUAAUGGAUGAAGAUAAUGCACCAAUGGCCUUGCCCAAUGGAUAUGUGUAUUCACAUAAAGCGCUUUCGGAUAUGGCAGCAAAGAACAAUGGCAAAGUACAAUGUCCUCGUACUGGAGAUGUGUUUGACGUUUCUCAGUUGAAAAAAGUUUUUAUAUCAUAA